GAUUGUCGUCGAAACGUUUUCGGAAGAAUUAAAGGAAGGUUGUGUAACGAAGAAUACUUUGUUCAAUUGAUCUACCGACUUGAUGAAACUAUUUACGAACAUUACCCGUAGAGUUUGACAACAAUGUACCACACUUGCGUGUUCGAUAUUACGAAAUUUCAAUCUUUUUUACAGGUGUCAAAUUCUACAUUGCCAUCAUAUUCGACAUGACAUCAAGAAAGUUCUCCCGCCGUAGUCUGAAGAGGAGGGGCACAACCGCCACAUGGAUCGUGUUGAAGGAAGCGGAAAAAUGUUACGUUGCCAAAAUGGUGUUCAUGGCGGUAUUGUUUUUCAGCAUCGUGACGUCACUCACAGCUGUUCUAGCGACAGGAACAUUAAAAUCCUUAGUUGUUAUUAGGGCAAAGAAGGCAUUUGUGAUCCCAGACGACAGGUAUAUCCAGGUUUUCACGCCCAGGACACCAGUACUUGAAGAUAAAUUACACGCAAAUACACACGGACAAGUCGCCGUGAAUAUAGAAGAAGAGGAACAAUGUGCCAAUCAUACCACAGGCGGAAAUACCACCACACUUCGCCAGGGGGAGCCAUGGAAUGCCUGGAAGGUCAACCUGAAAUCUUUUAAUUAUCUACGACUAAGGUGUGCGCCAGCAAACCCCUCCAGAAUGCAGAGCCUUGAAAUGCGCGGAAACACCAACACCAUGGCAGAAUGCGGCCAUGACUACAGGGGAGAAUGUGUCCUAAAAGACUCAACCGACGUCCAAUACUCCAACAACUGUGCCAUUGUGGGUAACAGUGGUAUACUGACCGACAGCCUUUGCGGCAAAGAAAUCGACUUGAGUGAUUACGUCAUCAGGCUAAACCUAGCCCCUACUCAUGGCUACGAAAAGGAUGUUGGGUAUAAAACCAACCUGACUGUUCUGAACAAAAGUUUGAUGAAGAAAGUCAAGGCCAGCCUAGGCUUAGGUUUUGAAAAGGAUCUCUACUCCCAACGGCUAAGGCUAUUGAACGGCACAGCAUUCUGCUUUCCAAAGGAAGGAGAUAAAGUAGCAUUGUUUGGUGACUUCUUUUUGUCUGUUAUGGCGAACAAUCUUAUCGUAACGAUGAAACAUUACCCUUAUAACCUGGAGCACCUCACAACAAGCAUCAUGAGGAGAAUGUUACGUCAGGGACAGUUCGGACAACCGACGACUGGCAUGAUCGCCGUUGUCAUGGCAACCACGUUCUGCUCCAGAAUAAAUCUCUACGGCUACUACCCGUUUCCGAAGGACGAGGCAAACCGAACGAUACCGUACCACUAUUUCUAUGACGUCAAAAAGGCGAAACCGGACAAGAGACACAAUUUCCUCACUGAGUUUCGUUUCCACCAACUGCUGCACAAGGAUAGAGUUUUGAGGUUAGUUACAAGAAAAUGCUCGUAG